AUGCCGUACCUUCCUACCUCCCAGGCCUACUUGGAACAGUCCGCGCAGUUAUUACAAGCGUACCCAGAAACAACUCGCAUAACAACAAAAUACAACUUCCCAACCACAAGACCAGGAAACGCAAAGCGAAUCCAAAAAUCGCAAGCCAAAAAGAACAGCAAAGAAAAUGCCACAACACAAACCCUCGCCGCGCCCAUCGCAACCCUCACCCUGAAAACCUUCAACCCUGGCACAGGAAUCUGCAUCCAAUACCGCACGAACAAGGCGCAGGAGGUUUCGCGACUAAUUACGAGCCUGGGGAAGCUGGCUGCUGGUGCUGAUGUUGCUGGGCUGGGAUUAGGAAAUGCUGCUCCUGUGGGCGAUGUGGAGAUGGUGGAUGCGCCUGCGCCUGCGGCUGUUGAGGAGGCUGGGUCUGGGAAGGGACCUGCUCAGGGUCAGGCUGGUGGGAAGGGGAAGAAGAAGGGUGGGAAGGGAAAGCGAUAA